AUGAGCUUCUUUGCCCGCAGCAGCAAGAACCAGAGGACCUUCAGGCCAAAGAAGAGCGGGCCGUCCGGGAGCAAGGGGAUGCAGUUGAGGAGGCACAUUGACAACACUCUCGGCCAGGGUGACCUGCGCGAGGCGGUGCGUCUGCCCAUCGGGGAGGACCUCAACGAGUGGCUGGCUGUCAACACUGUCGACUUCUUCAACAAUGUGAACAUGCUGUACGGCACACUGAUGGAGUUCUGCACACCAGCGACCUGCCCGAUCAUGUCAGCUGGACCAAAGUAUGAGUACAGGUGGGCCGAUGGAGUCAAGGUCAAGAAGCCCAUAGAGGUGUCUGCGCCCAAGUACGUGGAGUACCUGAUGGACUGGAUCGAAGCCCAGCUGGAUGAUGAAACCAUAUUCCCUCAACAUUUUGGGGCUCCUUUUCCUGCCAACUUCCGUGAUGUCGUCAAGACUAUCCUGAAGCGCCUCUUCAGGGUGUACGCGCACAUCUACCACUCGCAUUUCCAGAUGAUUGUGAAGCUCAAGGAAGAAGCACAUCUCAACACCUGCUUCAAGCACUUGACGCUCUUCACGCUGGAAUUCGGGCUGAUCGAGAGUGCAGAGCUGGCUCCUCUUAGGGAGCUGAUCGAGACCAUAAGAGGCGGGCAGUAA